AUGUCGGACCUAGGAGAACAGGACCCAUGGCAAAGACCACCCAGCCAAGGGCCACUAGCAGCUCCCUGCCUGGUACUUCCACCCCACCUCGCAGAUGCCCGCUCAGAGGACACCGAAAGCGGUAGCAUAAAUGGGCUGAAAGUGCGGCGUGUCUGCGGGAAAUGGACCGACGCUGCUCUCAGCCCCACCCCUAGGGCCGCCCGAACCCACGGGGUCGAGGAGGGGCCGCGGCUAGUGGUAAGGAAGUCACUCCCGUGGGCUCGGGACCCGGGUCGGCUGGGGCGUCCCCUCGCAAGGAGGGAAGUCCGCCCGCCCUUGCGAGUGUCCUCGUCGAGUGCAGCUCCGGACCUGGGCGGGGCUGGAGGCGGCGGGCGGGCGGGCUGCAGGGGGCGCUGCGUGCCGGACGGUCCGGGGGGGCCUCCACCGGGUCCUGGGGCGCCCUGCCUACCCCACUCACCUGCGUCCUCAGGGGACAGGCUAGCUGUGCACUUGGCCCAGCCGGGUGAGCAAAACCUCUGCCUCCAGGAGAUGGGCAAGCCGAGCCCAGGCGAGGACGAAGUCCUCCUGAAGGUGGUGGCCAGGGCCCCGAACAGGGUAGAUUUACUGCAGGUGCAGGGGCCUAUAUGCCCUCCCCCAUGAACCAGCAGCAUGUGGGGACUCAAAGCAUCAAGACAUGUGGCAGAGCUGGGACCUGGCUGCCAGGGGCUGUGGAAGGUUGGGGACUCAGCCAUGGCUCUGUUGCCUGGGGGCCAGGUUCAGUAUGUCAUCAUCCCUGAAGAGCUCCUCAUGCCCAUACCAGAGGGCCUGAUGCUGCUGCAGGUUUUGGCCAUCAUAGAGGCGUGGCUCACUGCCUUCCUGCCAUUAAAUCUCUUGGGAGAUGUUCAGGCUGGAGAGGCUGUGCUAAUCAAUGCAGGAUCAAGUAGUGUUGGCACAGCUGCCAUCCAGCUGGCCUGGAGGGCUGGUGCUAUGCUUCUCAUCACAGCUAAACUUCGGAUGGCAGAAAAUCUUGGAGCAGCUGCUAGAUUCAAUUACAAAGAGGAUUUUUCUGAAGCAACACUAAAAUUCACCAAAGAAUGUGUUGGAGUGAACCUAAUUCUAGACUGCAGAGGUAAAUCCUACUGGGAGAAGAAUGUCAACUGCCUGGCUCUUGAUGGUCACAGUGGGCCUCCCCCCUCAAAACUACUUUUUAAACGAGAGCUCAUCACUAGUCUGCCGAGAUCCAGGUACAAAAAGUACGAGCAAAUGCUGGCGAAAGCUUUUCCCGGGCAAAUUCUGCCGGGCUUCUCCAAGGAGGGCCCCAACGCCUCUGCCAGUGCUGGACGGCGUCUGCCGGUGACUGCAGUCCAGGUGGCCUAUCAGCACCCGUCAUCCCAGGCUGACGGGAACGUGGACAAAGCGAAGCUGCCUACCUGGAGGAGGAGGGGGUGGUACCGGACACGGCCGCCCCAGGGUUUCCCGGAGCUAACACGGAGAGGAUUCGCUCCCAGGUCUGCCUCGUUCACUGAUUGGUGUAAACUGCUUUAACGAAAUAAUGUCCGCGGCCAUGAC